AUUGGUGUUGUGAUUAUGAUAAAAAAUUAUUGUAUUAAUAAACAUAUAACAAUAUCGAAAAUGCUCAUCUACACAGACCGCGACAAAACUAUUUUAAUCCUAUUCUGUAGAAUUACUCAUACAUUGCCCUACGACAUCAACGACGGCAAAAAAAGUACAUUUAUAUAGUAUAAUAAUAAUGAUUCCACAUUAAAGGAUUUGUUUUCAAUAAAAACGGAAUGUUAGGUAGAAGUCUGAAAUGACAGUUGCUAGAAACUGAGAUUCAACUUACUGAAAAAUUUAGGUUCCGCCAAAAAACUUUGGAGUUUGGAUUUAUAGUUAAUUGUAUUUUAUUAAUAUUUAUAUAUAUGGUAUAGUACUAGGGGUGUGUGAGGGGCAUAGUCCCUCACGCGUCCGUUGCCCCCAAGAUUUGUUUGGUGCUUAAGCCCCCCCAAUAUUUUCGGGUGAAUUGCGCCUAUGAGUAGUAUAGUCUGUCUUACGAGAAAAAGGUACCGCGUCUCGACGAAAUCGGUUCAUUAUUGCGUAUUAACCAUAGAUAAUAAAGAUAUGGAUAGGCCACGCCUAUGUUAAAUACAUUUGAGGCCGCGUUCCCGGAGGGGAAGGCAAUUGAGGCUCCUUUAUAUUGAUAGUCGAUACUCAAUAUAGGUAUACUUUAUUUGGCCUCAAUUGUUCCCCUCGAAGACCGCUGAUAAGACCAAUAUGACCUAUCCAUAUCUUUAUUAUCUAUGGUAUUAACCCACACCCAUGGCUAUAGAUAUCUAUAGCCAUGGUCACGAUGUAUGUGAUAUCUUCUUUACAUCGUGAUUGUGGAGCGGGCACAGUCGAGUGAUAAGCACGUCUUAUGCGUCUUUUAUUUUAAAUUGUAAUAUCAAAUCAACAACAUUUUGCCGUCACUCGCCAACUUUUUUGUGCGUCUAAAUAGUUUUCAUUUAAAUUACAAUGCCAAGCUGUAGUCUGUGUGGUAGAACUCAAAACUCUAAGAGCAGAGAGAAACAAAUUACUUUUCACAGGUAUCCAAAAUGUCCAGAGAUCCGUGAAAAAUGAAUUGAGUUCAGUAGAAGCUAUGAUGAGCAUAAAAGCAUAAUAGUGAAUGAAAAAAAUGUUGUGUGUUCUGCUCAUUUUGUGGCUGACUCCUUAAAUGUGUAUAAUAAAAGUACUAUGUUGAAAUCUACAGCUAUACCAUCAUUAAUAAUUAAACGUGUUCGUUAUGGUAAAUUAGAUUAUCCCGAGAUAACAACAAAUUUGCAUUCUGAUGAGAAACAAAAAGUGGAUGAUAUGGAGGAUAUUGCUUGUAGUUGCUCUAGUAUCAUUUCAAAUCCUCCUAAGGAACCUGAAAUGGAUAGAGUUGAGUGUUUGAAAUUAAGUAGUUCUAAUGGUAAAAUUGCAAACGCCAAUGACAGUCCAGUAUCUAAGUCAAUAUCUAAGUCCAGUAACAUCUUUAAUAAAGAAUCGUCAACCAAGGUAAAUGGAAAUAUAUUUGUUGAAGCCAGUGUCGUAGAAGACAACGAAACACCCAGAAGACAAUUUCUGAAACGAGGAAUUUCGGUCUUAGCUAAUGACACCAAUUUGAAAUCAAAAAAAAUUAAAAUGUUGAAUCAAACAAUUAGAAGCCAAAGAAAAACAAUUGUAUCUUUAAAAUGCAUAAUUUCAAACCUUGAAGAUCACAAUUUAACACGUUCACUGCCACAGUGAUUUUCUAAUCUGGUGACGCACGCAGCGUAUCUACGGAUAACAUAUGUGGGACAAUAAAAGAAUAAAAAAAAAACGCGGGAAACAAAAAACAGACUGAAAAGAAAUUUCUGUUAAUAUGUUCUGAAAAGCCUAAUAAAUAAUAAAGCAAUGCCGCUAUGGCCAAAUUAUUAUAGUAGGGUAUUUUCAAUAUGCACUGUGACGAUCAUGGAUCGGCAGUGGCUAGAAGAGCCCUACUACCAACAGUGAUCCGUAAUCUGCAGUGGAGGUGACCGUGUUAAUGAACAAAGACACAUCAACAUUAUGAUCGGAUAAUUUUGGUUUUAUUAUGAAGAUUGGCCAACUCUUAACAAUUUCAAUUUUCAUUUAUGCUUUAAACAAUGUCAUAGGAUGUUUAUAAUUACAUGCGUUCCAUUUUGCGAUGAAGAAUAUCAGUUACCUGUCCGUGUACAAAUGCAAUAGAAAGCAGCUUGUAAAAUAUUCUUAACUAAAAACCUUAUGUUUUGGAACCAUUGAAGUGUUCAUUUGUUAAGAUAUGGAAUUAACUAAAAAUUGAACAUAUGAGAUCAACGUAAAAUAUCAGAAUUGAACUAUCUAAAUAUAAAUACUGUUUUGAAGUGAGUUAGUAAGUUUAGUCGGGAUCAAACUAGCAUGGAUAUUUCUAAAAAAGUCAACAGUAGUUAAUAAUAAUUAUUAAUUGGAUAAUAAAUUAAAUUAUGAAAGCUUCAACAAUUUUCAUAAACUGAAAUGAUUGUAAAUAUCUUAGUAAAUAAUACAUUGCCCACUAACGACUUAGAAUUCCUAGUUUUGAGAAAAAUUGGGAAUCAUUUGAUACCAUAGUGGUAUCAAACAUGUGCCCCGUUGCUUGUAAGGCCUGUAAACGCUUUAGCGUGGUUCUCAAUUUUUCUCAAAAAAUCAUGAGAAUAUUGGAAAUAAAAUGUAGAAACGUCAAUAUUUUCAAAAAAAUGAACUCUACAAAAUGGCUAUAAAUAAUUAAAUAAAAAUGUAUGUAUUGUAACUUUUUACCAAAAUAUUAAAAUAAAUUAGAAAAAAGGAAAUAUUUGUAGUUCUUUCCCCAAUGAGUCUUAAUAAAAAACCAGAAUUAUGAUGUAUUAUAUAUAUUUUAUCAUUAUAUCAGAAGAUAUCGCAAUGGGUAAAUCCUCACGAGACACCUGUAUUUGUACUCAACAUAUUUUCUAAUUUUUAUUUUAUUGAAUACUUUUUUUUAAUUAGUUACUUUAAAUGUUUUAGUUAUCAUUUAAAUAUUGUUGACUAUGUAUAUUUCUGUAUGUUUAAUAUGGUAUAUUGUUAUUUUAAAUCAUAAUGACUUACUUAAAGACCAUAACAAUACAUACAUGUAUUUUUAUA